AUGCGGGAGUCGGAUCUCGCGGAGCUGCGGGUGCUGCCGAAGGUCUUCCCGCGGCACCCGUACGCGCGGCACACGGCGGGCCUCGGCGCCGGCGAGAGCGCCACGCCGCCGCCCGCGUUCAGCACCAACGGAGUUCUUAACGUGAAGGUGAUCGGCAUCUACUGCUCCCGCCGCCCGACAGGCGAGCCUGGCGCGGCAAGCGCGGGGGGAGGCGACGGAGUCACGAAACAAGUCGAGAGCGGGCAGGAAGAGUCGGAGGCGGUGUCGGCCAAUGAAGUUCUUGGCGGGCGGCGUGGGGAGGCCGCGGGAGGUGCUUCCAAGCGACACAUUUACGUCCGGGUGCAGUUCAACAAAGUCCUCGUGGACACCGUGCCGCUGGAGGUGAUGCGGGAGAAGUACCCGCAGGUGCUCAUAGACUACCUGCUCUCAACGGCCGUCUGGACGUGA